GACACCAUUGGUCACCGAGGGAAAUGCAUCCCCGACGGAUGCUUAACACUUGCUGACUCUGUGAAACAAGGGGAAGAGAUACAAGUUAUAGGUCGUAUUUCGCGCCAUUAGGAGACACAGUCAUUAUUCACAGCAACAUCAUGCCGCGGUGUUUACACUGCAAGCAGCCAGAAAGUGGGAAAACCAAUUGUUAACCUUUGGAGCCACCGAAGGAGGCGCACUCGAGAUUCUUCCAAAAGUUCAGACAACCUCUAUCGCUAUUAGGAAAAGAAGACCGAGUGGUAGAAGCAGCGAUUCAGAAUUAGAAUCAGCUUUAUUGGCCAAGUGUGUAAAAACACACAAGGAGUUUUUCUCCAGCAGUCGGUGCUGCCCUGGUACGACAUUCAUUCAGAACAAAGAACAAGGAACAACAUAGCAACAAGAACAAAGAACAAGAGACAUUUGUGUUUAUAGGAACUCUUCCUGAUAAAAGUCCGAAUGGAUCCUGCCUGCUCUGGACCUACUUCGUGUUGCGUGCAUGUCCUCAGUAGUGGGUAACGUGGUGCCGACAGGCCGUUCAGCGGUUUUGAUUGUCUGUUGUAGUCUGAGUUUGUCCUUUUUUGUGGCGGCCGCAAACCAGACUGUGAUGGAGGUACACAAAACUGAUUGGAUAACCACUGUGUAGAACUGUCUCAGCAGCUCUUGUGAUAGGCCGUACUUCCUCAGAAGCCACAAGAAUUCCAUCCUUUUCUGGGAUUUUUUGAGGAUGUAGUUGAUGUCAGUGGCCCACUUCAGGUCGUCUGAAUGUGUUGCCCUUUCUGCUUGUUGUUUUCUCAAUCUAUAUGCCAAAAUUUUGGCUUCAAUACUACGUACUCCAUUAGGGAGGCCCCGUAGCUCAGUGGUUAGAACACUCGUUUGGUAAACCAGGGAUUGUGGGUUCAUAUCCCACUGGGGCCUCCACUCCCUGAGAAGGGUUGCAUCAGGAAGGGCAUCUGGUGUAAAAAUUGUGCCAAACAUAUAUGCAUUCAUCUGAGAUGAUACACUGUGGUGACCCCGAAAGGGACAAGCUGAAAAAAACGCACACACUACGUACUCCAUUUUACCUCUGUUUUAAAAAGGUAAGUUUUCCUGGAUCUCUGUGACGUAAAUUUCCGUUCAGUUUUUUUUAAUUUCCCUGAUUCUCUGACUGAUUCCGAUUUGGAUAUCUUUUUCAUGUCUUUUUCAGGUCUUCCAAAUUUUUUUCCUAUCUUAAGUUUUUUUUUUUUUUAACCUUGUGAAGUACCUGUUUAAGGAUGAUCUUCCCUCUCAAGACAGCUUUACCUCCAUCCCAAAUCAUGAGAUAGGAGACUUCCCCAUUAUCAUUGUCUGACAGUAUUCAAAGAGUAGGCUCGGCUUCUGUGGGAGUUGACUUCUGCGAGUGUUGAUGAAUGGAAGAAGCUCCACCCCUUUGAGAAAAAAGCUGCACAGUACCUUGGAAAGUCAGUCAGGUACCUUCCAAGGAGACUUCAGCGCUCCCCUCUCUCACUGCUUCACAAGGAUUCUACGACAACGUUAGAGCCAAGAUGGGGCGGAACGAGAUUGUCUGCAGUUGGAAGAAACCCAUAAAUAACAUCAAGGAUGUGUUUGAUUUCAAGGGGAAGAUGGGAUCGGGGUCUUUUUCUGAAGUUUUCAUGGUGAGAGAAAAGAAAACUGGGAAAAUGUUCGCUCUGAAAUGUCUGAAAAAAAAGCACCUCACCCACAGCAACCUGGAAAACGAAAUCAAUGUUUUAAAGAGGAUAAAGCAUGACAAUGUAAUUGGGUUAGAGGAUUUUUAUGAGAGUCGAACACACUAUUACCUGGUCAUGCAACUCGUGUCAGGCGGGGAGCUCUUUGAUCGGAUUUUAGAUAAAGGUGUUUUUACAGAGAAGGAUGCGAGCAUAGUGAUCAAACAGGUGUUGGAGGCUGUUGGCUACCUGCAUGAAAAUAGCAUUGUUCACAGGGACCUCAAGCCUGAAAACCUCCUGUACUAUAAUACAGAUGAAAAUGCGAAGAUCAUGGUCAGUGAUUUUGGCCUUUCGAAGACAUUGGAGCAUGGAGUGAUGUCCACAGCAUGUGGGACACCAGGAUAUGUUGCUCCAGAGGUUUUGGCCCAAAAACCCUACAGCAAAGCAGUUGACUGUUGGUCCAUCGGAGUUAUUACCUACAUCUUGCUGUGCGGAUAUCCUCCUUUCUUUGAGGAGAACGAGACACAGCUCUUUUCAAAGAUCAUGAGAGCAGAAUAUGCCUUCCACUCUCCCUUCUGGGAUGAGAUCUCUGAGUCAGCAAUAGACUUUAUUAGGAAUAUGAUGGAGAAAAAUCCCAUGAAACGAUUCACUACUGAUCAGGCCCUGCGGCACCCAUGGAUUGCUGGAAACACCGCUAAAGACUUGGACAUUUACCAAUCUGUUUGUGAGCAGAUGGAACGGAACUUUGCCAAAUCUAAAUGGAAGCAAGCCUUCAAUGCAAGUGCUGCCAUCUACCACAUGAAGAAACUUCACGUGUCCCACAAGGAGCCCUCCUCCACUCCUCUCUCACUUCCCCACAUCAUUAUACAGACCUCCUCUCAGACUAACCUAGAAUCCCUUGGAUCCUGCAAUGAUGAUACUCACAGCUUGGAUCCAAAUGGAAAUCCUCACCAUGCCUCCAGUCAUCUCAUUUGCAGUGGGUCUGAGCCCAACAGGGGUCUCUGCCCUCCAUUCAGUGCCCAUCAUAGGGAACCCCACUACCUGCUUGCAGAACCACAGGAGAUCCGCUCAAUGGACUCUGAGAAUGAUACUUUCGUGUCUUCGAGAAGCCUGGGUGCUGUGGCUGAGAGGAAGGACCCACCACUCCAUUCUGGUGUUUGUUCCAUCAUGUGAUUGGCUGGCUAACUCAAGAUGAGUCUCAAUGAACAACACGAUGCGGCAUUCUCCUUGGUUUAAAGAUGCCAGCACAUCUAUUGCCCUAAACUUCUGUCUUCUGAGCUCAGGAAAAUAUUUUCAAAUGACUGACACACUGAGGUUAACUGUCAAACACUUUUCUCUUUUGAUGUCUUUCUGACUUAGAUAGGAUCUAUCGGCAUGUCAGUUUGAAGCUGAUGAACUAAAUCAGUAAAAUAAUGUUAUGUUUUCUCUAAAUGUUCAUUAGUUUAUGGAAAUAAAAAAUGCAACUUGCACAGAUAAGAUCCUAAUUGUGAGGGUUAAUAAGGCACAGUGGACAGUGACGUAAUGUAAAUCAGUGCUGUUUGUGGUAUGGAAUCUGUAAGAUACAUAAGCUGAUGAUGUUGAAAAAACAAAUUCAUCAAGUGCCACAAAUCAGGAUAACAAUUCUUCAAAGAAUUACAAAUGUAGUGAAAUGCAUUUACACAUUUUUUUUUCCUCAAAGUCUUUGUUUCUUCUUGUGAUGAUAUUACAGAUCUACUGUGCCAUGUUAAACAGUCACACUGUAACUGUACACACAAUGAAGACAUAAGUAAAGUUUUUAUUAAAUAUGAUGGGUUCUGCAAAAAUAACAAAAGUUAAAUAAAUAAUACAACUGGGUGUCCCAUUAAAUUCUACAUCAAUUGAAAUAUGAAUGUAGUAACUAUAUGCUCCUAGAAAAUGAAAUUAAAUAAGCUUCAUGGUGUAAAAUAAAAAUAUUCAUCACAAUUUCAACAUUUUCAAUCAGAUAUAGAUUUUACAAACAUUUUACAAUUUCACAAAACUUUACAAUGCUUAAUGUGCCCUGCCCGUGUGACCUGACACACAUUAACACAUAAAAUGCCUUUUCAUUACUGGUGAAUUUCAUUCUUCCCCCUGAAAAAAGUACAUGAAACUAAGUUAGGUGUACUCGUAAUAAUUUUAGAAAAUUUUAAAUAAUUUGAGGCGGGAUUGGCUAUUUAAUUAAACUACAAAAUGAUAUUGAAUUCUUGGGACACCCUGUAAGUUACGCAAAGUUAUGCGAAGGUAAAUGUGACAUUGAUGCAUCUUGUGUUGACCUUUUCAAACUCUAGAUGGUGCAUCUGUCAGAGAAGAUAUGCAAUGUUAUUGAGACAAGUAGCAGCCAUAUUUGAGGAUUAAGGAGUAUUUCUGCUUGAGUGAAAAGUUAUUCUGAUAAAGUUUGUCCUGUGAUGUAUUUAAAGCAACU